CAACCGCCGAACCUUGCAGCGUUGGUUCUUAGCAAGAGCGAGAUAAGCCUAUGCGAGUGUCUGGAUCUUUGGGCACAUUUCAAAUGUAUAUAUUUCUUUUUUCAAGGUAAGGCCUUCACCUUAUCGUCAUAGCGACCUACAUACCGAAGAAAACUGGAGAUUAGUAAAUUAUUCUUGCGUGUCCUCCUGGCCCCAGCUCCAUAUCCAGUUCGGCAGGGGAGGGAAGAAGAGACAUGUUCGUAUAUCCGUCGCACAAGCCCUCCAACCACCCUCAUAACAAUGAACUCUUUGACCACUGGGUCGGGAGAUAUCGGCCUGGCGUGGGCUAGCAAAUAAAACGGGUGAACCCCCUUCUCGGAUCCCAUAGCUGGCCGGAUGGGCUGGAUGGCUCGCUCGCUUCUCAAGAUUUCCCCCCCAAGACAACCCUGUCCUGCCAACUGCGAGCACAGGUACGUCUACCUGGGGAUGGCUGAAGGACCAGGGGAGAAACUUCGAUUGCGUUAUUUAAACGAGCUUUCGUGACUGCCCCCCUGGGGUUAUCAUAUGUUUGCAGGAAGGUAUCCUCCGUAUGUAGCCAAGGGAUAGAUGUAUGGAUUCAAGGGUAUGUAAGCAGUCUGUCAGGUUCCUGGCUGGGCGAGCUGGAUGGGUGGAUGAAGUGAGAGUGAUUGACCAGCAGCGAAACGAGGAUGUGCAGCGAAUCAUGAUGGGACAUCCAUCAGUUCACCGCUGGCGGGCUGCAUAUGGCUGGACCGUCACCAACAUGCACCAUACAUACAUACAAACAACCGUCCUUGUUGUUUCUCCAGGGAUCGGGUGGACGAGGCCCGUCAGCGUCGAUGAGCCCUUGCUCCAGCGCUGUGCAGCUUGGCAGGCAACGCCGUGCAUGAAGAGCGAGGGUGGGAUGAAUGUCAAGUAUUCGCAAGAGAAAGACCAUCGGCAUCAGCCUGGCCCUUGUCUCAGCUGCUGGAUCAGAAUCUCGUUGUCGAUAUCUGCUCUGUGCAUGAUGCCUCCCCCCUAAAACG